GUGAUUGAGGUAUAGAAAUAGAGUUACUGAUUCGUUUUGUCUCAGAGAGGUAAAUGCUGAAGAGAAACCAGAGUUGUUUUUCGCUCUUCCGAAGAGCGUGGAGAUGGGGAGGGUUAACGGAACCCUGCUCCUCCUGGGCUUUCCAAGGUUGGUUUUAGAAACUGAGAUGUCUUGGUCCUGUGCGUCUCUGAUUCUGGAGGGCUGGGUUUGGUACCAGGAAGGGCCGGGCGCCCAAAGCCGACCUCAUUCCUCGGCUUUAAGUCCGCUGUGGCCUUAUCUUUGACAAUUUAUGUGAUGAGCCCGCUUGGUCUUGGGGGGCAAACUCAAGUUUAAGGCUCUUCUCGGAGCAGCUCGUUCUCUGGGUUUCCCCCCUGUGCACACGGGACCGUGAAACAAGCUUAACUGCAUAUCUUUCGUCAUUCCCAGGGCAACCUUUACACAGUCAUUGUGCUGUAACUGCGUUCAUACGGGGCUAAGUAAUUCACAUUCGGGGACCGGGAAUAUCAGUGACUCACAGAAGUACUGAAAAGAGGGCGUCAGAAAAAAGGUGCUGAGGGUGAAGUGGAGUAGAGGAGGGUAAGAUUGGAAAACCAGGUUGGUCUCAAGUGCAGUUAGCUUUAGGUCAUAGUACUACCUUCAGGUAAGGUGUAAAUAGAUGAUUUUAAGCUGAGCCGUGACAGACUCAGACUUGUUUUAUACAAGCGUCACUUCGGCAGUGUUACAGAGGGGGGACGGGUUGGAGAGGUGGGGAUUUGAGGCUUCCAAAGAACUGUCCACAGAAUUUGGUGACACUUACUGCGUGAAGAAGUGGGAAGUGAAAGUUUCGAGAAUCACUCAAAUUUUCUAGUGUGUUUGGAAAGAUGAAGAUACCAAAAUACAGGGUUCAUUGAAAAAUCCUUAGUGAUAUUGACAUGUUUCAAGUGACAUAAAUUAGCCAAUGACUCGGAAUGAUGGAUUCCCCGAAGAUUGGAAAUGGUUUGCCAGUGAUUGGACCAGGGACUGAUAUAGGGAUAUCUUCACUCCACAUGGUGGGGUAUUUGGGAAAAAAUUAUGAUUCAGCUAAAGUCCCGUCAGAUGGGUAUUGCCCUGCUUGUAGAGAGAAGGGAAAGUUAAAAGCCUUAAAGACUUACCGAAUUAGUUUUCAAGAAUCUAUCUUUUUGUGUGAGGAUCUGCAGUGCAUCUAUCCUUUGGGCUCUAAAUCACUUAAUAACUUAAUUUCUCCUGAUUUGGAAGAUUGUCACACUACAAAUAAGCCUCAAAAAAGAAAGUUCUUGGAAACCAACUAUAAAGAUUUACCUCUUUUAGCAAAUGCCAAAAAGACUAAAAAUCAUAUUGUUACUGAUGGUGGACAAGUUUUGAACAGCAAACAUAAUGGAGAAGCAUAUGAUGAAACCUCAUCUCACUUACCUGAUUUACCACACAGUGGUCCACAGAAUCCAGUUAGGACAGCUGAUUCCUUGGAACAGAAUGAGAUUUUGGAGGCUGAUACAGACAUGGCUGCUGAAGAAUAUCCUACUACAGUUGAUGUUUCUGGGACUGGAGUGAUUUCUCCUCAAAAUGAAGGAUGCACGUCUGAACUGGAAAUGCCAUUGGAGAGCAAAUGUACAUCACUUUGCCAGUCUUUAUGUGUCCAGUGGAAAAACGCUAAUUCUCUCUGUUGGUUAGAUUGUAUUCUGUCAGCAUUGGUGCACUUGGAAGGGUUAAAAAACACUGUGACUGACCUGUACUCUAAUGAGGACUCUGUGUUCUGGCAGUUGUUUAUGAAGUAUAACCAAGCCAAUAAGCUCCUGCAUACCAAUCAGUUGGAUGGAAUUAAAGAUGGAGAUUGUAAAAAACUUACUUCAGAAAUAUUUGCAAAGAUGGAGACCUGUCUGAAUGAAGUCAGAGAUGAAAUUUUCAUUAGGCUUCAACCUCAGCUUAGAUGCACAUUAGGUGAUAUGGAAAGUCCUGUGUUUGCACUUCCCCUGCUCUUAAAAAUGGAACCCCUCAUUGAAAAGCUCUUCCUGUAUUCUUUCUCUUGGAACUUUGAAUGUUCACAGUGCGGACACAAGUAUCAAAAUAGACAUACGAAGAAUCUGGUCACUUUUACAAAUGUCAUCCCUGAGUGGCACCCACUUAAUGCUGCCCAUUUUGGUCCAUGUAACAAUUGCAGCAAUAAGUCACAGAUAAGAAAAAUGGAAUUGGAAAAAGUGUCUCCCAUACUCAUGUUGCACUUUGUGGAAGGCUUGCCACAUAACGACUUGCAGCACUAUUCAUUUCAUUUUGAAGGCUGUCUUUAUCAAAUAACUUCUGUAAUUCAGUACCAAGCAAAUAAUCAUUUUAUAACAUGGAUUUUGGAUGCGGAUGGAAGUUGGCUGGAAUGUGAUGACCUUAAAGGUCUACGUUCUGAAAGCCGUGAGAAAUUUGAAGUUCCUGCUUCAGAGAUACAUAUUGUUAUUUGGGAAAGAAAAACGUCUCAUGUGACAGAUAAAGCAUCUGCCUGCCUUCCACUUAAAAAGGCUAAUGAGGAGGCUGCUCUCGGUGAUGAGAAACCAGCCGCUCCAACAUGGUGUUCUGGGGGUGACGCUGCCUCUGCUGAGCCGCCCUGCACAACCGGGACGGCAGUUGCACCGAGCCCUCUCUCACAGGGUGCAUCUGUGACGCGUGGGCAUCAUGUACUUUCAGGCCCAGAAGGUUGGGUUGACAGUAAUAUUUUGUCUUUGACACUUGAAGAAAUACAGGUUAACUCUGAAUGUUUUCUCUUAGAAAAGGAACCUGUGGCAGAAAAUGCAGGAGUUGGCAAAGCCAAUACCUUGCAAUCAGAAGAGUCACUAAUGGCUUCUUUAGUAUCAGCUCCGUGUGUUGAAAAGCUUACUCAAGACCAAUUCGCGAAUGUAGGCUUGCCAUCUCAAAUUGUAGGGGCAAACAUGCAGUUGGCACAGCCGAGUACAGAAGACACCGUAAUUACUAAGCCUGUGAAUACUACGCAUGCUACUGACCCUAUAAACGGAGUAAAGCCAGUAGAAGUUGAGGGUACAGUUGCCCUAAAGAAGGACACUCCAUUAAAACAAUAUCUUUCACCCAAAACUGAGAAAUUAAAACCAGAACAAGCUGUUAUAGCUCAGGUAUCUAAUUUGAAAAAAAAUGAAACUGUGGCAUUUUCUCAAACCAUAACAGCGAAGUCAGUACAGAAUUCAUCUCUGAAAGAAACUCAGAAGAAACCAUUUGUAGGAAGUUGGGUUAAAGGCUUAUUAAGCAAGGGUGCUUCUUUUAUGCCACCUUGUGUUUCAGCUCAUAAUAGAAACACUGUCACUGAUUUGCAGCCUUCAGUUAAGGGGGCAAGUAAUUUUGGUGGCUUUAAAACGAAAGGCAUAAACCAAAAGGCUAACCGGGCAUCCAGGAAAGCCAAUAGGUGUGCAAGUAAGCCUCCUACAGUUAGUAACCCUCCAUCAAGCCAUCCAUCGUCUGGUAGCACGACUUCCCGUGUAUGUGCUAGUGUUACUGCUGAUUCAGACGCUUUGAAGAAAUGUGAAAACCCCUCCUGUGGAGCUCACCACAGUCACGAUUCUUGUGUAAAAGAAAAUGGUGUUUCUCCAGCAAACCACGGAGACUCAGUUGAGGGUCAGAUUCAUAAACUUCGUCUAAAACUUCUUAAAAAACUUAAGGCAAAGAAGAAGAAAUUAGCUGCUCUUAUGUCUUCCCCCCAAAAAGGAACACCUCCAACUGAAAAUUUAGAACAUGUGUCCCACUGUGGGUCUCCAAAUGAUUGUGAAUCAAUAGAAGACUUGUUAAAAGAACUACAGUAUCAGAUUGAUACUGCUGAUAAUAAAUCUGGGUGCACCACGGUUCCAUAUAGUAGUCAAAGUCAUGAGGAAAUUUUAGCAGAAUUACUGUCUCCUACAACUGUUGUCUCAACAGAGCACUCAGAAAAUGGGGAGGCUGACUUUAGGUAUUUAGAAAUGGGAGAUGACCACAUCCCAGCACCAGUGUCUACUGAAUUAAAUGAUAUUCCCCAAAACACACAUCUGAGACAGGACCAUAAUUACUGUAGCCCCAGCAAGAAAAAUCAAUGUGAAGUUCAGCCAGACUCAGUGACAAAUAAUGUCUGCAUUAGGACAUUGAACUUGGAAAGUUCCAUGAAGACUGAUAUUUUUGAUGAGUUUUUUUCCACUUCAUUAAAUUCUUUAGCAAAUGACACAUUAGACUUACCUCAUUUUGAUGAAUAUCUGUUUGAGAGUUGUUGAGUGCGUGUUACCUCUUUUUAGUUUAAUAUUUAUUAUUGCUCUUGGAAAAACUUAGUAUGUUAUUAAGUAGUGUUUACACACUGGCCUUGUCGUGAACAAAACGUAAGCUACUGAAGGCUUUUCCUUUGGUUCUACUCACAAAGCAUGUAAUCUGUUUUACAAAUUAAAAUGAUCAAAAACUGG